AUGUGGUUCCAAGUGAUCAGUGUUAGUUUCCUGAUUAGUUUGUUGAAUUUUAGACAUAUACAGUUGUUUUUACUUGUUCAUGUCAUUUCCGUAACAGGCAACCUCCUCGUGAUUCUCGCUGUCAUCUUCGAUCCAAAUCGUAAUCUACGAUCCCGAUUUAACUUCUUAGUGGCAAAUUUAGCUGCUGCAGAUUUAAUCGUUGGAGUUUAUGCUCUUCCCAUGUCAGUUGAAUUCCAUAUCCGUGAGUCAAUGACCCGUCUUCCAAUCGCAUCGACACCGCUGCAGCGAGACCAUGCUAGACGUAUAGCUUACUUUCUCUCAUGCACAGCAUCGCUACUGAGCUUGGCUGCAUUGGCCAGAGACAGAUUCAUUGCCAUAAAGGAGCCAUUAAAGUACAGAACCGAGAUGAACACGAAACAAGCCGCCAUGGUUUCAUUUUUCAUUUGGCUUGUCUCCUCCGGUCUUCCAUUUCUUUACUUUCAGAUCGGCUUCUUGAGAUAUUUCUUUGUCUUUGUGAAUACAGCUGUGGUAACAACCUUUAUUGUGUUGUGUGUCACAAAUGCUAAGGUCUCUAGACAUUUUAAAUCUCAAGUAAAAAACUGUGGCGCUUUGCAUGAGGGCGAAAAGAACGACAGCGACAGGGCCAAGAUACGUGCGAUCGAAUGGCAAAAAAGAAUUACGAAAACGUUUCUGAUCAUGUUGGCUCUCUACAUUAGCUGUUUCCUUCCAACCUUAAUUCUCGUCUACGUAAUCAGCUUCUGUGCAAAUUGCAACUGUGCCUUCAUUCAUUUGGCCAGAGAUAUUAAUUACAACUUAGUCAUGGCGAACUCAAGCAUGAACCCUUUCGUGUUCGCGUGGCGACUGGAACGAUACCGCAAAGCCUUUGUGAAAAUCUUACGUUGUCAGAGAUGGGUGCCAAGUGAAACCAUGCCUUCCACAUCUGUGCAAGAAACUCGUCUGUGA